AUGCCGCAUGGAAUGAUCCCCACACGACAAGAACUAUCAGCAGCACUAUCCCGCUUCCGCACGCGCGUCGAGUCACACAUCCACGAGGCCCUGACCAGUCUCGACGAAAGGGCUACCAAGGAAAGAAGAUACAUAUCCGACCUCGAGUCGCAGAAACAGAUGAAGACAGGCGAGCUUGUGGACGGGGAGAUGCUCGAGGGGCUGGGGCUGGGAGCAGCGCAUCGCGUGGGAGUGCGGACGCGGGCCCGAGACAAUAUUCCAUGUCUCUUUAUGCCGUGCCCUGAGAGAGGAAGAGUACGGAGACGGGCCUGGGAGCUCGAGGUGGCGGUACUUGGUGGAUUUGGGCCAGAAUGGGGGUUGAGGUGUUUCACCGGCCUCCUCGUUCAGCUGCUUAAUUGUUACAGUGAAGCUCAACGUGCCGGACUGGGAGCACGAUCGGUACACUGA